CCGUAAUGUAAAACAUGUCUGUUAUUUGCUUUGUAUACGAUCAUUGUAAAAAUAUUUGCACGAAAUAAAUAGUUGAAAAACAAUCUAUAUUGGAGUUAGAAUGCAUAUGAAAUGUCAGUUAUUAGAAAUAAAACGAACGAGUUAAAUGGAAAAUUUAGGAAGAAAGCUAUUGUGCCUGCCCAAGAAUAAAGACAAGAAGAAGCAUACAACUAAAAAAAGAGUUGUCAAAGAAUAUGUUGAAAAUGCCACGGCUCAUGGAAUUACAAAAAUUUAUUUAUCGAGGCAAAUAUUUGCUCGCUUGUUUUGGAUCGCGGCUUUUUUGACAUUUUUUGGUUUUGCCGUAUUUCAGAUAGUCGAGCUAUCAGAAAAGCUGACGACAUUUGACUACGUGACUAAGAUACAAGUCAACGUAAACCAAAAUGGUUUAAAGUUCCCUGCAGUAACUCUAUGCAAUUCGAAUGCAUUUUUAUCCUCAGAAGUUGACAAAAUACUUGAAAUUAAUACAGGGAACAUAACAAAUAUUACAAGCCAGGAGAUAAUGAAAAUUUUUCAGGAACAGGCUGUAAAAUUUAAUAAAAGUGAACUGAAAAAAAUGGGUCAACAACCAGAAGUAUUUUUCCAAGCUGGGACAUGCUUAUUUAACGGUAAAAACUGCUCCUACCCGACAGAUUUUUACAUGCUUACUAGUCCAUCAGUUGGGAACUGUUUCACUUUUAAUGAGAACGGAAGUGUAUUGCAACCAAAGCUUGGAAUAAAACACGGAUUAUUUCUAGUUGUAAAUAUCGAUCAAAACAAUUAUAAUAUUCACGACCCCGAGUCUAUAUUUACACCCGCUGGUGUACACAUCACUAUACAUAAUCCUGGACAGUCAACUCAUUUGAAAAGUCAUUCCAUUCUUGCUGCUCCAAACCAGUUAACGCGAAUUGCAGUGAAAAAAUUUGAAGAAAGCCGUUUAAAAAAUCCGUAUCGUGACAACUGCACGGAUAAUGGAGUUCCUGGAAUGAAGCUUUUAUAUCCUGGUGGAUACAGCGUUCCAUCUUGUUCCGCUACGUGUUAUGUUCUCAAAAUGUCCCAAAAAUGCGGUGCUGUUGAUCUAGAAAGUGCGUUGCUAGGGUCGCAACAACAACAUCUUAAUCUAACAUUAGCAACAACAAAAGAAGAAGCCGAAUGUAUACAAGCGUUUGAUGAUAGUUUCAAUAAUGGCUCCGUUUACUGCGAUUGUCCUGUGCUGUGUCAGAGUACAAGUUUCGUGACUACGGUUUCUACCGCUGAUUGGCCUUCUAGAAAAGAAAUGAAUCUAUGGAGAACGAAGAUAGGCGCUGAGAAUUUUACUAGCAUGAAUUUUACAGAGAAUUUUUUGGCGCUGCAAAUAUAUUACGAAGACUUCUCUGUAUUGACAACAAUACACCAGCCAGCUUACGAUUCAACUCAAUUUUUCUCGGACCUUGGUGGACAACUAGGUUUAUGGAUUGGUGGUUCAUUUUUCUCUUUGUUAGAAUUUGGUGUAGCGCUUGCAGAGUUGAUAUAUAUUAUUGUGUUCCCCAACAACAAGAAUAAGAAAAACGAAAAGGAAAUUUCACAAGAUAAGGAAAAAGACUCAUACUCGAUGUCUAAUCCACAUGCAUAAACAAUGUAGAUGUUUUACAAAUAAACGAGCGAACAUUUUAAAUAACUCUCAGGUUGGUGUCGAACAAAUAUAUGCAAAAUAAGCAUAUGGUUUUGUAGUGUUUUGAGAAAGUAAUUCUUCUCGCAUUUGUCGGAUGUCGGGGCUUUUUCAGUAUGGUGAAUUUGUUAAGACUGCUAACGGUAGAGUCGUUUACUUUUUAACUUU